AUGGGAAAUAGCCUCCGUUGUUGUUUGGCUUGUGUCCUACCAUGCGGGGCUCUAGACAUGAUCCGGAUAGUUCAUUUGAAUGGACACGUCGAAGAACAUAGCGGCCCCAUCACUGCUGGUGAAGUAAUGAAGUCGAAUCCGAACCAUGUUCUCAGUCGCCCAUGCUCACAAGGUGUGGUACGUAAAAUCUUGAUUCUCUCCCCAGGUUCGGACCUCAAGCGGGGCCACAUCUAUUUCCUAAUUCCAACAUCGUCGAUACCAGAAAAGCAGCAGCCCCACGAGAAGAAGAAAUCAUUCAAGAAAAAUGAUAAUAUCAGAGGAGCCAAUGAAGCUACAGAUGAAGAAGAGUAUGUGACUGAUGUCCACUUGAAAAAGAAAGCGUCACGUCGGGAUCGACGGAAAGGGCGGGCCACCGUCUGGCAGCCGAAUCUCGAGAGCAUCUCCGAGGACUUGUGACACCUCCCAACGCCGGAAUUUGACACAUCCGGCCAAAUGUCGCCGGGACAGUUAUUCAAUUACAUGUUGUAACGUUGUUUUUUUAACUUCUACAUGUGAUUUGUGGAUAAAAAUGUACUUUUUUCUCCUUGAUGGCCCACCAAAAAAUAAAAGUGGCAGAGUUGGAAAUUUACUUUUUAUGAUGGCCACUUUCGAAAUUGAAAUUGUGA